UGACGUGUGCUUUCCAGCAGCUGUGCGUAGCAUGUAGCCACCAAAACAGACGUUUAAGGCUCUCGAAUUACCCAAAAACCUCAGAUCCGAACGAGGAAGCGGUCUGCGGCUACUUUGAGUUCCUUUCAGGUGUUCCAUUACAUCAGCAACCCACAGUCACACCAUCUGAGGUCAGAGACUCCGCCCACCCGCAUUUGCAUACAGAACAAGCAGCCGCUCCCAUUGGAACACGACCGCAGACUGGAACUCUGUCCUCGGACCCGCCCACUCAAUUGCAUAAAGUGGAAGGGAGCCGCUCCCAUUGGUUCAACCGCAUCCCAGAGCUCUGUUCUAACCCAGCCCCCUCAUUUGCAUACAGAGGAAGGCAGCAGGAGCGCGGCCGCAGACCAGAGCUGUUUUUUAGACUCGCUGAGCAACUAGACUCACAUUUUUUUUUUAUGUAUUUAUUGCUUCUGGCCAAGCGUCAAACUCCAGCGUUAUGGCUUGAGGCCAAUUUUGUACACUUUUGAGGAUGAACCGAUCGUUGAGUUUACGAUUAUCUCGCAGGAAUGGACAUAAUAUCUACAGCUAUGUGGUGGAUGCCGGGACGAUUCCCGCCAAGGCCAAGAAGGGGAGGACGAAAGCCACGCUGGGGAGCAGGAAAGCAUUCAGUUUGGAGGAGAAUCAGCUGGAGGUUCAGCAGCAGACCAAGAGCCUGAGCCGGCAGGUCCCGCCCAGGUCUCACACUCUUGAUGUCGACAGACCUUUGGAGAGAAGCGACAGCCUCAACUCAAGAAGUAGUUUUAUGAAGCACAACAAAACAUUCCACAAACUCUUCCCAGAAAUCCCCGAGACUGAAGACCUGCUGCACGCUUACGUCUGUGCGCUGCAGAAGGAAGUGCCUUACCACGGCCGUCUGUACAUCACCGACAGCAGCCUGUGCUUCUUCUCCUCCGUGCUGCUCAAAGACACCAAGGUGAUCGUUCCUGUCGCCAGUGUGAACGUCCUGAAGAAACAGAACACCGCGCUGCUCGUGCCAAACGCCAUCUCUGUCCGCACCACAGACAGAGAGAAGUAUUUAUUCGUGUCUCUGCGGAACAGAGAAGGCUGCUAUAAGCUGCUGCGAUCCGUCUGUCCUCAGCUGGAGGACGGAAGUGCCCACAGCAGCCCUCUCUGGAGUGAGGCUCAGCGCUCGUCUGGAUCUGUGCGUCUCUCCCAGCAGAACUCCAGCCAGUCCAGUCUGGACGACUCGUACGAGCUUUGUCCUCCGAUCGAUCUGUCUGCGUCUCGACUCACUCCAGAAAACGCUGCGAUUAAAAGCUCCCCGCAGACGCCAGACGAGAGCUCGAGUGAGGAAUACACCGGAAGUUCGUGGGUUUGGAACGUGACUGAUCGAGCGCGAUCUCUCCUCAUCCAAAGAGAAAUCAGCAACCUCAACACUCUGCUGCUCAUCUACUUGAUCCUGGUGUUUCUGCUCUUGUUGUCGUCUGGCUAUAUCGGCCUGCGUAUCGUGGCCUUAGAAGAGCAGCUGACGUCUCUCGGAGCGCUUCCCGAAUUCACCUUGCAAAGCGGGUACAAAGAAACGUAAGAGGAUCUCAUCCAUCAGAACUUUGGAAAGAACCACCAAAAAUCGUUUUUAAUGAUCCACUAGCCGCCGCAGGGAAUGCUGGGAAGGACCUUUAUUUGCACAUGCACCAGCUACCGAACUUUGUGCGUCUUUGCCAAGAAAACCUCCAAAGGGAAUGCGCUUUACGAGACGCAACGCGAUGUUGGUGUUGACGAAACGCGAGCAUGUCUUCGCUCGCAGCCAUUCGGUUUGUGUUAGCGCUGCAGCGACUCGCCCAAAAACAACCAAACACAACAGGUUUGUCGCGUCGGACUGUCAAAGACAACAAAAACAAACUACUUCUGUGGAAAAGCAUUUCAAUCUGUUAUUACUCAUUGCAGCGCCUUCGUUUGACCACUUUUACGACCAUCAAAAAAAGUCGCAAAGAACUCAUUUUUAUUUUCUUCCUAAGUUCCUUAUUUUUGAUGGCUGUCUUUUUCAUCAGUCUUUCGGUUUCUUCCUCUUACGUUUUUUCGUACAAAGGUUGCAAUAUUACUGGUUUCAAUUUAAUUAUUAAAAAAACUAAGCUAGUUAAACAACGCUUACUCAUUGCAACACCUUUGUACCACUUUUAUCGAUCAGCAAAAAUAGUCGCAAAUAACUUUGUCAUAAGGUUUUGCGAUAUUACUGGUUUCGGUUCAACGAUAAAAAGAGCUAAGCUAGCUAGCCAACUCUUACUCAUUGCAGCGCCUUUGUUUGACCAUCAAAAAAUGUCACAAAUAACUUCCAUCCAUUUUUCGUUCGUUCAGCUUUCGUCCCAAGUUCCUUAUUUUUGAUGGCUAGCUUUAUCUUGGUCUUCUUUCGGUUUCAUUCUUCCUCAAUGUUUUUUGUAUAAGGGGUUGUGAUAUUCCUGGUUUCAUUUUAACGAUAAAAAAAGAGCUAAGCUAGCUAGUCAACCCAUUGCAGCGCCUUCAUUUGACAACUUUUAUGACCAUCAAAAAAAAAUCAUGAAUAACGAUGUUGUAUAAGUGGUUGCGAUAUUACUGGUUUUGGUUUAACGAUAAAAAAGAGCAAAGCUAGCUAGCCAGCCCUUAGUAUUAUUGUAUGUAUAGUCUAUGCACAAGAAAUGUUCAGAUCAGGUAUUUAACAAGUUUUUGUAACGUUUCUUUUGUCUUUUUAUACUUUAAGGAGAUGAAGUAGUCGACAUGUUGGUCUUUUUGUAAUCCGAACGAAAAAAAAAGAACGAAAAAAAAAAGAUUGUAUUGUGCAAGAAGAGAUGGAUGUGGUUAUUGUUAAACGUCCGAUUUGCGGCUAAAGCCAAGCAUGCAUGUUUGCGCAAACCCAAAUGGAGCAUUUCCAUUCAGGACUCAUAACGAGACUAAUAGCGAUACUUGACGAAAAUGACGUGGUCCAAAAUAUGCAUGAUUUUUGUGUGUGUGUGUGUGUGUGUGUGUGUGUGUGUUCGUAAAUGUUGCAAUAUGUUCAGGAGAUGAGAGAUGUGUAGCCGUUCGAGUGCACUUUAUAGUGUGGAUACGCUCUCCAGUCCUGAAGAGGGCGCUAUAUUGAGGGUCUGGGGCAUUGGAUGGUGCUAAGAACCUCUCGCUCAGGGCUGGGACUGAUUUGCAGUGCAUCAUGGGAUUACUGCACCUCAGUUUUGGUAUCUUGGUCAUCUGCUGGCGGACUCGCUCUGCUGGUUUUCAGUCCGCAGAUGCUGGUGGAAUAAACACGGAUUGACUGCAAAUUUCCUGGGAAUUUCUUGCGUGAAUGAAUGCAUGCUUUUUUCCUGAAAUGGAGAUUACUUGUUGGACUGAUCCGUGCAAAUGGAUUUACACAACAUUUCAUCCAGUCGCCGGGACGUCGCAGCCUCAAAGUCCCCUGAACAACUGUCUAAUAACCACAAUGCAAGAAUCCCAACUUUAAUAAUUGGUUUAUAUUGCACUAUUAAAGUGUUAUUGUUUUUGUAUCAAUAAGGUCUAUUUAUUGCCUAAUGUGUAAUUCAAAGUAGUCUCUGUGAGACUGGCUUUGGCAUUGUUUGAAUAAAUCAAGUGCUAAGGAAA